AUGUCCCCGCCCAAGCCCAUCAUCUACGAAGGCUGCUUCGGCCUCCGCAAGCCCACCUCCAUCUCCUCGGCCCAAGCCCUGCGCGACCUCGAAACGCACUUCAACAACUCCACCCUCUUCCGCGCGAACCUCGAAGCCGAGCGCGAAGCCGUGCGACAAGAAAAGCUGACCAACCCGCGGUUCAAGCGCAAGCGGGGCCCCAACCGCCAACACCGCGUCAAGCUGGGCCACGGCGGGACGCUGGACCCGCUGGCGACGGGCGUGCUGGUGACGGGCGUGGGCCGCGGCACCAAGAGCCUGAGCCAGUUCCUCGCGUGCACCAAGACGUACGAGUGCGUGGUGCUGUUCGGGUGCGCGACCGACUCGUACGACAGCGUGGGCAAGGUGGUCGGGCGCGCGCCGCAUGCCCACGUUACGCGCGACUUGGUCGAGGCCGCCCUCGCAAAGUUUCGCGGCAAGACCAUGCAGAAACCCCCCGUCUUUAGCGCGCUCCGCGUCAAUGGCAAGCACAUGUACGAGUAUGCCCGCGAGGGCCUCGACAUCCCCGAGAUCAAGGACCGCCCCGUCGAGGUGUCGGAGCUGGAGCUGCUCGAGUGGAUCGAGCCCGGCACCCACGAGUGGCGCUACCCCACGGAGGAGGUGGCGCAGGAGGAAAAGGCCGCCGCGGACAAGCUGCUGCAAGCUUCGCUGACGGAGCCGGCCAAGGACGCGCAGAAGGACGCGCCGGCAGAGGCUGAGGCCGAAUCCGCAGAGCUGAAGCGCAAGCGCGACGGCGAGGACAACGCCGACGACAGCGCCGCCGACCUCGUCAAGGACGACCCCGCGGCGAAGAAAAGCAAGACCGAAACCGGCUCGCAAGCCGUCAUGACGGGCGCCCUCCCCACCGACACCGAAACCACCACCACCACCACCACCUCCGACGCGCCCACCACCGCCGAAGACGGCGCCUCCGCCCCCGCCGCCCGCAUCCGGAUGACCGUAUCCAGCGGCUUCUACGUGCGCAGCCUGUGCCACGACCUAGGCGCCGCAGUCAACAGCCUGGGCGUCAUGACAGCGCUGGACCGCACACGACAGGGGGAUUUCUCGCUCGGCAAGAACGUGCUCGAGUACGACGACCUGGCCAAAGGGGAAGAGGUGUGGGGCCCGCAGGUCAAGGCGAUGCUGCGCGCGUGGAUGCUGAGGGAGGGGUGGGCUUCCGAGCGGGAUUUUGCUGGAGAGGAGGGCGGUGCGGGGGGAGCGGCGGGGGCUGCGGGUGAGAAGACGGCGCGGGAGGGGACGGCGGAGCGUGAGAGCGAGAGGAGGCCUUCGCCCAAGGCCGCGGGGCGGAAUGAGAUGGUUUUCGAAGUGGAUUAA